UAUCGUAACGUCAACGCGUAUCGUUUGCACACACGCCCGACGGUUUCCGUCCUCGGCCGCGGUCCGCAGUCUCUGCGAAUGCUCUCAACGGGCACGGCGCACGGGCACAGUCGUUUCGCGCGCGUCACUGUCGACCGACACGUUUGCCCGACGAAACGUCACAUUCGUCGUCGUACUAUUUACAGUUUUCGUCGUUCCGUUUUUCUCCGUUUCCGCCGUCGACGUUAUAAAAAUCGUCUCUUGUCGCGUAGGACGCGCACUUACGCGAGAUGGGUCGCCCGUUCGCGUGGCUACCGACGUUGCUCCUGCUGCGGGCCGCGACCUUUGCCGACGAACGGUGUCCGAUGAACGUUUCCCAACCGGCGCCCGAAAACGCUCACCUGAUGAACGACGUCCUGUGGGCCGGACAACCGGAAAAAUCGUAUACACCGGCUGCGUACCGUUCGGUUCCGGGAGUCGGUUUCGUCCUGUGCACGUGCGAAAUAGGACCGUGUGUCCGAAAGUGUUGCGCUCCGAACGCCGCGUACGUGAAUUCGAAAUGCACGCCACUGAACGCGUCGGACAAAAUCGCCAAGUUUGAGGUUCCGACAUUUGUGAAUGCAAACGGGACAGUGGAUGUACAUAAGAUGGACCUGUUUCAUAUAGUCCAUGGAAAACUGGCAUGUGGUAAAAAAUAUAGAUUAGUUCCAUCGGCGAAAAAAAAUGAUAAUUUUCAAGUAACUAAAACGGGAUGGUUACUGAAUGAAUCGGGAUCUAUUAUUGCUAAACCAGAUCGAUUUUGUUUGGAACAAUUUUCCGAAUUAAAUUAUCAAAUUUUAGCAGUUGUUUGUUCUCCAGAAAAAGUUGAGAGCUUAGAAGAUGGCGCAAAUAUAUUUUAUACGAUCGGCAUGAUGCUAUCGCUACCAUUUUUGUUUUCAACGUUCCUAGUUUAUGCUCUUAUAAAAGACUUACGAAAUUUGCAUGGAAAGUCUCUAAUGUGUCAUGUAGCAACACUAUCAAUUGCAUACACCAGUCUUAUAGUUGUUCAAUUCAUUACUAAUAGUGUUGUUAAAGAAUGGUGCAUUUUUUUAGCGUAUACCGUUCAAUUCUCGUUUUUGGCAAGUUUUUUCUGGCUUAAUGUUAUGUGUUUUGAUUUAUGGUGGACUUUCAGUGGAUUUAGACCAUUAAGAGGAAAUAUAAAAGAACAUGAAGCAAAAAAAUUUAUUGUCUAUUCCAUAUAUGCGUGGGGUUGUACCACAUUCAUUUCAAUAAUUACAUUUGGUAUGGAGCAAUUUCCAUAUUUACUAUCUGACGCAAUUCGUCCAGGAUUCGGAUAUAAGAGUUGUUGGUUUGGUUCAAAUUCAGCCACGCUGUUAUAUUUUUAUGGUCCUAUCGGUACUCUAUUAUUUAGUAAUCUAUUGAUGUUUAUACACACGGCAAUAAUGAUUAUCAAGCAUAUGAGGGAUGCUGAAGUACUCAGAGGAUCUGAAAGCCAAAAAAAUGUAGACCACGAAAAACAAAGAUUUAUGUUGUAUUUGAAAUUAUUCAUUGUCAUGGGUGUCAAUUGGUUAGCAGAAAUUAUAUCAUGGGCAUCAGGUUCGGAUGGUUCUGAAUUUUUAUGGUACGUCACAGACAUCGGGAACUCUUUGCAAGGAGUGUUGAUUUUUUUAAUUUUUGUAUGUAAAAAACGUGUAUUAAAUUUAUUAAACAAAAAGCUUUGUCCGCAGUUUCAACUUUUUAAGACAUCUAAUGUAUCUACUAGAACCACCAAUAGCACAGUCUCUAGAACUAGCUCCAAUGUAAAAAAUAAAGACACAGUUGAAAUGUCCACUAAAAGCAUAAGCAAUUCAACUAAUAAUCAAUUACACGAUUUUAAAGCUUAAUGUUUGUGUAAUAAACAUAAAAUAGUUUUGAUUAAAUUUUCUUAUACUGAACUUAAAA